AUGUCUUUCCUAGGUGGUGCGGAAUGCUCCUCAGCGGGAAACCCUCUGACACAAUUCACCAAACAUGUCCAGGAUGAUAAGUCACUACAGAGAGACAGAAUGGUUGGCCCCAGGCCAGGCCUACAGGAAAGCAUGCGAUCGCAUAGCAUGAUGAAUGGAACAGACCCGGUGAUGGAUGAGUUCAUGCAACAACAGUUAACACCACAGCCGUUUGUGCUGGAGGAUUUUCGUCACGAAUUAGAGAGAUCUCAUAUGUCACUACCCCAACACCAACACCGCACCGGAUCACCUGGUUGGGCAGCGGAAUUCGAUCCCGGCCAACAGGGACAUAUGGAGGAUAUGGAGGCUGCUUUUUCCCGCGUUAAACAGGGUCAUGUGAAUAACAGGUCUGGAUUUUCACCUGCGGAAUUUGCCCGCUUUCAACAGCAGAGUGGGAUGGGCAUGCCACAGACUUCAAGCCCUGUUACGACAGCAACACCACCUGUAGCUGGGUAUCAGCGAGCUAUGGGUAUGGGUGGAUACAUGAGCGGAAUGGGUGGUAUGGGGGCGAUGGGAAUGAUGAGACCUAUGGGGAUGCAGACACCGAUGAUGGGACAGGCUGAAGCUACUACACAAGAUAAAGGGAAGGGCCGCAUGGUCGAACUCGACGAUCAGAACUGGGAGGCACAGUUUGCUGAGAUGGACUUAGCUGGAACCGAGGUGCAGACGGAUGAGGAGGCCAACGCAGCUAUUGAGGCGGAACUGAACGAUCUGGACAGGUCAGUGAACAUUCCCAAUGAAGUCAAUGAUAAAGCCCAUUUCGAGGCUGUUUGGCGACUAGUUCAGGCUGAGACAUCAACGAGCAGGAAACUUGUUGAGGACAAUGGCGAUUUUGAGGUCACUGAAAACUUGCAUAUUGGUGAACUGGGCGACUGGGAAGGGUUCGAUACACUGAACUCGCGCUUCCGGGAUCCACAUCUUGGUGAUUACAUUUUUGAACAGGAUAAUGUUUACCAGCAGGUAAAUAACCCGUUCGAAGAAGGCAUUAAGAUCAUGCGCGAGGGCGGAAACUUGUCCCUCGCUGCGCUGGCUUUCGAGGCUGCUGUCCAGAAGGACCCGCGGCAUGUACAAGCCUGGACGAUGCUGGGAUCGGCACAGGCUCAGAACGAAAAAGAACUACCGGCCAUUCGGGCUUUGGAGCAGGCUCUUAAGAUCGACGACGGUAAUCUGGACGCACUGAUGGGUCUAGCCGUUUCAUAUACCAACGAAGGCUACGACUCAACAGCCUACCGAACCCUGGAACGCUGGUUGUCAAACAAGUACCCAUCAAUCAUCAACCCGAAUGAGGUAUCCGGCGACGCAGACCUAGGUUUCACUGACCGCCAGCUCCUGCAUGAUCGUGUAACAGAACUAUUCAUCCAAGCCGCCCAGCUCUCCCCAUCAGGAGCACAAAUGGACCCAGACGUGCAAGUCGGUCUAGGAGUUCUGUUCUACUGCGCCGAAGAAUACGACAAGGCCGUCGACUGCUUCUCUGCAGCCUUAGCUUCCACCGAGUCCGGUAGCACUAACCAACGCGAGCAGCUCCACCUACUUUGGAACCGUCUCGGUGCCACCCUCGCCAACUCAGGCCGCUCCGAAGAAGCAAUUGAAGCCUACGAGCAAGCUUUAAACAUCAACGCCAACUUUGUGCGUGCCCGCUACAACCUAGGCGUCUCAUGUAUUAAUAUCGGCUGCUACCCCGAAGCAGCCCAACACCUCCUCGGCGCGCUGUCAAUGCACCGCGUCGUCGAAGAGGAAGGCCGCGAGCGUGCCCGCGAGAUCAUCGGUGGUGGUGCCGGGGUAGACGGAUUAGACAACGAACGUCUAGAGCGCAUGCUCCACAUCAGUCAGAACCAAAGUACGAAUCUGCACGACACACUUCGCCGCGUCUUUAGCCAGAUGGGUCGACGCGACCUAGCGGAUCAGGUUCUCGCUGGCAUGGACGUGAACAUCUUCCGCAAGGAAUUUGAAUUUUAG